AUGGUGGGGAAAGGUGCCAAAGGGAUGCUGAACGGUGCUGUGCCCAGCGAGGCCACCAAGAGGGACCAGAACCUCAAACGGGGCAACUGGGGCAACCAGAUCGAGUUUGUACUGACGAGCGUGGGCUAUGCCGUGGGCCUGGGCAAUGUGUGGCGCUUCCCAUACCUCUGCUAUCGCAACGGGGGAGGCGCCUUCAUGUUCCCCUACUUCAUCAUGCUGAUCUUCUGCGGGAUCCCGCUCUUCUUCAUGGAGCUGUCCUUCGGCCAGUUUGCAAGCCAGGGCUGCUUGGGGGUCUGGAGGAUCAGCCCCAUGUUCAAAGGUGUGGGCUACGGCAUGAUGGUGGUGUCCACGUACAUCGGCAUCUACUACAACGUGGUCAUCUGCAUCGCCUUCUACUACUUCUUCUCGUCCAUGACCAACGUGCUGCCCUGGACCUACUGCAACAACCCCUGGAACUCCCCCGACUGUGCCGGCGUGCUGGACGCCACCAACCUCACCAACGGCUCCCAGCCGGCCUCCCUGCCCGGCGGCAACCUCUCCCACUUGCUCAACCGCACCCUCCAGAGGACCAGCCCCAGCGAGGAGUACUGGAGGCUCUACGUGCUGAAGCUGUCCGACGACAUCGGCAACUUCGGGGAGGUGAGGCUGCCCCUCCUCGGCUGCCUCUGUGUCUCCUGGGUGGUCGUGUUCCUCUGCCUCAUCCGAGGAGUCAAGUCUUCAGGGAAAGUGGUGUACUUCACGGCCACAUUUCCCUACGUGGUGCUGACCAUCCUGUUCGUCCGCGGCGUGACCCUGGAAGGAGCCUUCACAGGCAUCAUGUACUACCUGACCCCACAGUGGGACAAGAUUCUGGAGGCCAAGGUGUGGGGGGACGCCGCCUCCCAGAUCUUCUACUCCCUGGGCUGUGCGUGGGGAGGCCUCAUCACCAUGGCUUCCUACAACAAGUUCCACAACAACUGCUACCGGGAUAGCGUCAUCAUCAGCAUCACGAACUGUGCCACCAGUGUCUAUGCUGGCUUUGUCAUCUUCUCCAUCCUGGGCUUCAUGGCCAAUCACCUGGGUGUGGACGUGUCCCGCGUGGCAGACCAUGGCCCCGGCUUGGCCUUUGUGGCCUACCCAGAGGCCCUCACCCUACUGCCCAUCUCCCCGCUCUGGUCCCUGCUCUUCUUCUUCAUGCUCAUCUUGCUGGGGCUGGGCACCCAGUUCUGCCUCCUAGAGACGCUGGUGACAGCCAUUGUGGAUGAGGUGGGGAACGAGUGGAUCCUGCAGAAAAAGACCUAUGUGACCUUGGGCGUGGCCGUGGCCGGCUUCCUGCUGGGCAUCCCCCUCACCAGCCAAGCAGGCAUCUACUGGCUGCUGCUAAUGGACAACUAUGCGGCCAGCUUCUCCUUGGUCGUCAUCUCCUGCAUCAUGUGUGUGUCCAUCAUGUACAUCUACGGGCACCAGAACUACUUUCAGGACAUCAAGAUGAUGCUGGGGUUCCCACCGCCCUUCUUCUUCCAGAUCUGCUGGCGCUUCGUCUCCCCAGCUAUUAUCUUCUUCAUCCUCAUCUUCACCGUGAUCCAGUACCGGCCAAUCACCUAUAACCACUACCAGUACCCAGGCUGGGCGGUGGCCAUCGGCUUCCUCAUGGCGCUGUCCUCCGUCAUUUGCAUCCCACUCUACGCCCUGUUCCAGCUGUGCCGCACAGAUGGGGACACCCUCCUCCAGCGUUUGAAAAAUGCCACAAAGCCAAGUCGAGACUGGGGCCCCGCCCUCCUGGAGCACCGGACUGGGCGCUAUGCCCCCAUCAUGCUGCCCUCCCCUGAAGACGGGCUGGAGGUCCAGCCACUGCACCCGGACAAGGCCCAGAUCCCCCUCGUGGGCAGUAGCAUCCCCCUGGUGGGCAGUAACGGAAGCCGCCUGCAGGACUCCCGGAUAUGA